CUAAUGACAUCAAAUGAAUAAUAGUGGCAUCUGCUGACCGAUUGGGCUAGCCAGCUACACAUGCGCAUAAACUGAACUAAGUGCUUGAACUAAAACAAAAGACCUUUAUUUUGAAAAGAUGUCCAGCAUAGACCCGGAAGAAGAGAUGUUUUUCACGUUCAUAUUAUGAGAAUAGGAAUCCUGCAAGCUGCUGCAAGCACUCAUGUCUUUAUUGGCCAAGACAAUGUCUAAGUUCCGUCUAGCAGUGGUCCAACUACAUGUGACCAAGGUCAAAGCUGACAACCUCUCCAGAGCCCGGGGGCUGAUUAAAGAAGCAGCUGCACAGGGGGCCAAAGUGGUGGUCUUACCUGAGUGCUUCAACUCCCCCUAUGGAACUAGCUUCUUCCCUGAGUAUGCAGAGAAGAUCCCUGGAGAGUCCAGUCAGGUUCUGUCUGAGGCAGCCAAGGAGAGCCAGGUGUAUCUGGUGGGAGGCUCCAUCCCUGAGGAGGAUGAUGGAGGGAAGCUGUAUAACACCUGUCCAGUGUUUGGACCUGAUGGCAGCCUGGUGCUCAAACACAGGAAGAUCCACCUGUUUGACAUCAACGUUCCAGGGAAGAUCCGUUUCCAGGAGUCAGAGACACUGAGCCCAGGGAGCAACCUGUCAGUGUUCGACACACCAUACUGUAGGGUGGGUGUAGGGAUCUGCUAUGACAUGAGGUUUGCAGAGCUGGCUCAACUCUACUCUAAGAAAGGAUGCCAGCUGUUGGUCUACCCUGGAGCCUUCAACAUGACCACCGGGCCGGCCCACUGGGAACUGCUGCAGAGAGGAAGGGCGGUUGAUAACCAGGUGUAUGUGGCCACGGCUUCCCCUGCCAGAGAUGAGACGGCCUCCUACGUGGCCUGGGGUCACAGUACUGUUGUUAGUCCCUGGGGAGAGGUGAUAUCCAAGGCGGGGACUGAAGAGACUGUUGUUUACGCAGACAUUGACCUGCAGUAUUUGGCCGACGUCCGUCAACAGAUCCCCAUCACAGCCCAGCGCCGCAGUGACCUCUACACUGUGAACGCAGUGCAGGAGGGAUGAACUUUAACCCCUGAACCCUUAGCUAUGAGAAACUCAGGAGUUACAGUGAACAGACCUGUCUAUUGUUGGUGAGAAAUUGGUAGCUGGAGCAUGAGUGUUGGCUAUACAGCUGUUUGUGCCUACAAUACAUGAUUCCACUGUGACUUACAGUGGAGUAGCAGCUGUGGAACCAGUGAGAUAUUCUGUGUGAUCAGUAAAUGUAGUCUGAGGUGAUUUUGAAGGUGCAUGUAAUAAAGCACAACAUCUUAGAUGGAACCAUUUCACACAAAGAGGAUGUAUGUCCUCUCUAAUUUCCAUAAAGAUUUAUAUUCUUUGUAUAACAUGUCUCAUCUGUUUCCAAAUCUACAUCCAGUUCAAAUUAAAAAUACAUUUUUGCCAAGAAA